CGAUUCUCGAAGGAUGCUGAGCUCCACGGCCCGCGGAAUGACCUUGGACGCGGACGAGGCCAAGACGAAGAACCGGCAGCGCCUGCGCGACUACCGGCGCCUGCAGAAGCGCCAACACGCCUUCUUGACCCAGCGAGUGCGCGAGCUCGCGGCGGAGGCGGCGACGCUCCGCUGCGCCAAGCCGCUGCCAUGGCACGAGGUCGCCGCCGUCUUCCGCGACGACGUACAAGACGCGCUUGCAACGCAACGGUCGCUGGCAGCCCAAGUCGCGCAGUGCGGCCACGCAGCCAGCAUCCUCGAGGCGUGGGUCCGCGCCAGUGUCCCGACAGCGCUGGCCUCGUUUCUGCCGCACCAAGCGCCGUGGACGCAGCACCGACUGCUCGCGCCGACUGCACUGCGUCUCCAGAGCCUGUCGUGGGUCACGGACCGCCUCCUGCACAACGCGGACGCGGUGCUGGCGUGCUGUCGGCGCCAAGAGCAGGCGCGCGUGACGCUCCAUGCUCUGAGUUACAUCGCAUGGUCCCUGCGCCGUUUCUCGAUGCUGUCGCUGCGCAGCGGCGCAUUUACUCGCACACGCCGGAAGGCAGCUUUGUCGACCGCGAGGUAG